AUGGCACCCGUCCCGAUCGAGGAUGUCCCGGAAAUCCCAACACUAGCCGUUGGGGGACUCUAUGUUCGCGAUGUCGAUGAUGCCAAUACAAAUUCCGUGCCUUCACUCAAUCUCAACACACACACUCUUUUCACCCGCGAUGACUCAAGCACCACACAGCCGCAACGAGGCCAAGGCACAGUUGAUCCGCACAGCAUAAAGAUGCAGGGUUUGAUGGCCUUGUUUGCCCUCAUUGGCGCGGCCUUUGUGCUGGCGGCAAUUUGGUUCUUUUUCUGGGCUAAGAAUGGUGGCUUUGUCUGGCGCGAGGGUGACUGGGACGAAUACAAAUCGACCGUCCUACGUCGCAAGGGACCGGACGGCCAGACACUCAGUAACGCCACCAAGAGUACGAAGCUUGGAGGUGGCAGUGUUGUCGGCAAGGGCUACACUGAUGAUGGAUAUUCGUACACCGAUGGAUCAUACACCGAGACAGCGACGACUAUUACCGAUGAAAAGCCUCGACGCAAGAGAUUCAGAGACGCCAAAGAGAAGUUCCUCCGACGAAACAAGCAAGAAGAGUGGGAAGGCGCUGAGGAUGCGGAUGUGCGCGCAUACCGUGAAGAAAAGCCUGCUCGCAUCGGCGGCAUGAACCGCGAAGCCGAUGGAACCUACCAUGGCAGCGACUACGACACUUCUGCUCCACCUACCUCCUACCAACAGAGCGAAAUGAGCCAGUCUCACGACUUUGCUUACGAUGACCCACCACGCCGCCAGCGCCACAGAGAUCCAUCUGGAUUCUCUUUCACUGAGGGUAGCGAAGAUGUGAUCAGCAAUGCCAACGAACAGCGUCGCAUUCGCGAGCCAUCUACUCGUCGCCACAAUCGCCGUCGUGAACGUCGCAGUGAGGCUCCAAGCUACAUCGCACCUGGUCCUCCCCCCGCGCCCUCUUCCCGUACCAGCAGCCCUCGGAAACACCGUGACCGCCGCACCGCCGCUCAAGGUCACUAUACUGAGCCUUUGGAUUUCUCUUCUGCAGGCACCCGCUCUGAAUACCAAUACUCCAAUGUCGACACCGAGGACUCAGGCACCAGAAGUUACAAGCAUCCUAUUCCCGGAUUGACGAAGGGUUACCGUCGCGAUGGCCGCAGUCGUCGCCGCGACAGCUUGAGUGACAGUGAAGGCGAGACUCAGUAG